GGCAGUAUAUGCUCUGGUGCAAAUAACAAUUUUGUUGUGAAUUUUGUCGAAAUUCAACAAACUGUAACAUUUGUAGUUUAUGUAAUGUUAUAUUUAAAUAAGAUGAUACUCAUAAUUUAAAAUAUUUUAUUCUAUAUUACUUUGACAGUAUUUAUAAAAAAUGUCUGUAUUCUUCGUAAAUGCAAAUCAGGAUAGUGAAAUUGAAGGCGAUUCGAAUGGAGAUUUACAAAUUGCCUCACCUGGUAAUUCCGAGGCUCAACAAGCUUUGGCUCAGUUUUGGCCAAAGGUCACAGAAGAAAUAAAAAAAAUUACUACUAUGGAUUUAAAAACACAAUCAUUGCCACUUGCUAGGAUAAAAAAAAUAAUGAAAUUGGAUGGUGAUGUAAAAAUGAUAAGCGCAGAAGCUCCUAUGCUAUUUUCUAAAGCAGCAGAAAUCUUUAUACAUGAAUUGACAUUAAGAGCAUGGGUGCACACAGAAGAUAAUAAAAGACGUACUCUUCAAAGAAAUGAUAUAGCAAUGGCAAUAACUAAGUAUGAUCAAUUUGAUUUUCUAAUUGACAUAGUACCUAGAGACGAAUUGAAACAGAGUAAAGCACAGACUGAAAGCACUGUACGUACUUCUAUGAAUUCAGAUCAGGUACAUUAUUACUUUCAAUUAGCACAACAACAAGCCUCUGCCAAUCAAAAUGUACAAAAUAGUAAUGCUACUACACAACCGAUACAAAUUGUACAACCUUCUACUGGGCAAAUACAAACAAUCAACAUUGGUAGUCCUGUGGAACAGGAAAGUACUACAGCAAGUACAGCACAGACUGUAACAGUGCAAAGUCCACAACAAUCAUCAGGUCAACAAAUUAUACAAUUACAGCAGGCUCAACAAUCACCUACAACACAAACUGGAGGAAUACAAAUUGUACAACAAAUUGUAACACCUAGUGGAGAAAUUCAACAAAUACCAAUACAAUUAACGCCUCAACAACUUCAGAUGAUUCGUAUGCAAGUACAAGGUGGAAGUAAUCAACCGAUUAUAAUUCAAACAGCUCCUAUACAAGCUCAACCUCAGUUGAUACAGGUUGCACAAGGUGCUCAAGCACCCGUUUUUUUACAAACUAGCGGAACUGACAAUGAGUAAAUAUUAAUUAAUUUUAAAGAAUAUUUAAUAUUUAAUACCGUACGAUUCUAAAACUGAGUGAAGUACAGUACAGUAAAGAUAAGCAGUUGUAUGGUAAGGAAUAAAAAUUUUGUAAAUUAUUCCUAAAACGAAAGUGUUUUAUAACUUUUAUCCUCAUUACAUUACAAUGUUGCAAAAACAAAAUUAAAUAUUAACAAAUUUAUAAAACCUACUUUUUUGGUCCAUUGGCUUUGAAAUUAUACAAUUAUAUCACAAAUGGUUAAGCUUGGUAAAAAUUAAAUUUCUCAAUAAAUGUGAAAUCUUGUGAUCAUUUAAAUACUUAGAAAGGCCUGUUUUCAAGGACGAAUGUACAUAUAUCGCGCAGCGGUUAUAAGAUGCCGAUCGAAGGGUUGUCACUGAAGCGAAAUGAAGUGAAUUGAAGCGAGGUAAAGUGAAGAAUAAAGAUAAGCAGUCAACGUAAGAUGUAAUCUGAUUCGUACGUCGCGUUCCUUAGUCGCUGGCUGCUUCGCAUGGCUGAGCUUAGGACUGGCUGGUGCAACUUGUAUUAUGUUUCACGUUGCUGUGGUUCUUGUCUGGCAAGUCUUGAGCUCGAAGCCUUCAACAGUUUCAAAACGUCAUGUAAUAAUAAAUAUAUUAAAAUUUAUUUAUUUAUUGCAUAUUGUAUUGAAUAAUUUUUGAUUACUCGAUCAACUAAUACAGGAAUCUAG